AUGUGGGCCUUUCACCUGUGCGACCUCUACCCCAAGUGCACUCCCCCAAACAUAGCAUCAACAUCCUCCUACAUCCAUAUCACCACCCUCACCCCUGAUCUCCACAUUCCACUGUUCGGAAGUAGUCUUUCUCGAUACAGCUCCUGGAAUAUGGCGACGGGAGAUUCUCAAGACAUCCCAAUGGGAUCGCCUCCCGAACCGCCUGCCGAAGAAGACCGAGAGCCCAAAUACGGUGGCUAUUCACGAUUCGAGGUUGAGCUUGAGUUUGUUCAGUCCCUCGCCAACCCGGCCUACCUCAACCACCUUGCCUCCCAGAAGCUUCUCAGCCAACCCGCCUUUGUCGCAUAUCUUGGCUACCUACAAUACUGGAGCAAACCGCCAUAUCUCAAGUACCUAACGUACCCCGGCCCGACACUACGGCAUCUCGAGCUCCUCCAGCAGGAGACUUUCCGACAACAAAUUAUCAGCCCUGAUGUCGUGAGGGCACUGAUGGAGGAGGGCAUGAAGGCAUCAGACGAUACGAAAGGCACGAGUAACAACAAGAGGAAUCAGGAUGGCGCUGUGAAUGAAAGCAUGCCUGAUACUCCUCGAAAGCGAAAAACUCCACGCAAGAAAAAGAAGCAUUCCGUCAUCAAGAACAGUGCGACGCCUGGUGGAACAGAUUCUUAA